AUGGAUGUCACAAAUAGCACGGUCAAUUUGACUGCCUUGCUACAAUGCAAUUAUACGAAAGAUGCGAUGCCAUCCCUUCCUUUCAAGAUCGAGCGCUACACCGAAGUUCCACUCUACCAAACGGACAAGCUCGACACAAACUUCACACAGAUCCUCCAGUCCUGCUGUAAUACCACCGUCUGGAUCUAUUCAAACCCGAAGCCGUGUACGGCGGUCUGCAAUUCUACGACAUGGGAGGAUGUUGCGGCUGUCCGAGAUUGCCUGAACCAGCAGCGAUCCGACUUUGGGGGCGAUAAUGAGAAGUCGUCCGGGUCUAUGCCCCAGAUGGCAGUCACUCGCAAUACAUUGACUUUAUUGCUUGUGAGCGGAUUAGUUCUUACAGGACUCUUUGUAUAG